CGCAAGGGCGGGAAUGCCGGCGGGAAGGUUCGUGCUGGUCCGCCGGGCGGAAUGACGCAGUCGGUGGUCGUGCAGGUCGGCCAGUGCGGAAACCAGAUCGGCUGCUGCUUCUGGGACCUGGCGCUGAGGGAGCACGCCGCGGUCAACCAGAAAGGAAUUUAUGAUGAUGCAAUAAGCAGCUUCUUCAGGAAUGUGGAUACCAGAGUGGUUGGUGAUGGUGGCAGUAUUUGCAAAGGGAGAAUAUCUUCUUUAAAAGCACGAGCUGUUUUGAUUGACAUGGAAGAAGGAGUAGUGAAUGAAAUUCUCCAAGGACCACUGAGAGAUGUAUUUGAUAGCAAACAGCUCAUCACUGACAUUUCUGGCUCAGGAAAUAAUUGGGCUGUGGGUCACAAAGUUUUUGGAAGUCUUUACCGGGAACAGAUUUUAGAGAAACUCCGGAAGGCAGCAGAGCACUGUGACUGCUUGCAGUGUUUCUUCAUCAUACACUCCAUGGGAGGAGGAACAGGGUCUGGACUUGGCACGUUUCUGUUAAAGGUACUUGAAGAUGAAUUCCCAGAAGUGUACAGGUUUGUGACAGCAGUUUAUCCUUCCAGCGAGGACGACGUUAUCACCUCUCCUUAUAACAGCAUGUUGGCCAUGAAGGAGCUCAAUGAGCAUGCAGACUGUGUGCUGCCCAUUGACAACCAAUCUUUAUUUGACAUCAUUAGCAAAAUUGAUCUUGUGGUCAGUUCUGGAAAGUUGGGUACAGCUGUGAAGCCUAAGAGUCUCGUUACCUCGAAUGUGGGGGCUGUUAAAAAGCGCCACAAGAAGCCCUUUGACGCCAUGAACAACAUUGUGGCAAACCUGCUCCUCAGCCUGACAAGCUCUGCAAGAUUUGAGGGAUCCCUUAAUAUGGACCUGAAUGAGAUCAGCAUGAACUUGGUUCCUUUCCCUCAACUUCAUUAUCUUGUGUCAAGCCUAACACCUCUGUACACACUGGCAGAUGUUAACAUUCCCCCUCGAAGAUUGGAUCAGAUGUUUUCCGAUGCCUUUAGUAAAGAUUACCAGCUUAUUCAAGCAGACCCCAGACAUAGUCUCUACCUCGCCUGUGCCCUCAUCGUUAGAGGAGAUGUGCAGAUUUCAGAUCUUCGCAGAAAUAUUGAAAGGUUAAAACCUGCUCUGCAGUUUGUCUCCUGGAAUCAAGAAGGCUGGAAGACUAGCCUGUGCUCAGUCCCGCCUGUGGGUCACUCCCAUUCACUGUUAGCUUUAGCAAAUAACACGUGUGUGAAGCCUACCUUCAUGGAGCUAAGGGAAAGGUUCGUGAGGCUCUACAAGAAAAAGGCUCACCUCCACCACUAUCUGCAAGUUGACGGGAUGGAGGAGAGCAUGUUUGCAGAAGCCAUGUCCUCUCUGUCGGCACUCAUACAGGAGUACAGUGACCUCGAUGCAGCAAAGAGCCUGCCUCUGCCUGACGUGCCCAGGCUGAGCGUGGCCUUGUGAGGAAGAAGCUACAGGAUGCACUUGCUACUUUUUUUCUGAUUCACAUUGGGUUUUGUCCCCUUUCUGUUUCAGCCUUUUCUGUAAUUCAGAAAGCCCAGUUUAUUUUUCAUGGUAUCAGAAGUAUUUGUCUAAAAUGGUGGUUUCUGUUUAUUACACUUUUUUCUAAUACUAGUGUGUGGUAUCACAUCUAGCAAUUUGUCAAAUUAAGAUAAGAGAGCACAACAUGGUGGUGCACGUGUAACCCCAGGGCAGCUGACAUGCAGGAGGACUGUGUUCAGGGCCAGGCUGGGCUGUGCAGCGAGAGACGAUAUAGAGUGCUUUAUUCAUGGCAUCUGCAGGCCUCUUUAGUGAUGAUGUCUCCGAGAGACUGUACAUAGCUUUUUUUAUAUUUAUACUUCAUUUUUCAUACUCUGAAUGCUGGAAAAGUAGGUUCUAGGAAUGGAAGAACACAAUCUAUGUAAUGUCUGGACUUUUCGGGGUAGUUUUUAUUAAAACUCUUAAGACUUUGUUUUGUUCUUUGAGUAAUGUGUAUUUAUAUUCAAGAAUCACAACUUAGACAUCCAGUCAUUUUCAUAAUAAAUAGUUUAAACAGAGCCACUGAUUAUCAUUGUGUAUCAUGUCCCAUGUGCAUACUGAAAGAACAUUGCUAAGUUUGAUGUCUUCUGAACUUUGUAGUAAAUGGUUAUUAUCUACUGAAAUUCCUCCAGUCAUCGUAUCUCUCUCUUUUGAAUCUUUAAUGUUGUUUUUAGUCAAAAUUUAUGUUUCAGAUCCAUUGGUUGGUUUAUCUUUCAAGGAAAUAAUGAAUAAUUUUAGGGGAAAACUUUUUUCAAGCAAAAAUAAUAUAUUGUAUGCUUCAUUUAUUAUGUUUCCUUCCUUUGCUAAGUAAGUGUUCUAUUUUUGGUUUUUAUAUUAUUUGGUAUAAAAACUGCAAUAAUACAGUUAUUAACAGUAGUCACAGACAGUCCAUUUUCUCCUUCCUAGAAGAUCUUAACUGAUAUUCAAAACAGGGCAAUGACGAUUAUAGAUGCAUUUAUAGUAGUAUCUUACUCAUUUCUAUAAAUCUUGCUGUCUCCCUAGUAACUAUCAUGUGAAAGGAUCUGAUAGACUAUUGCCAUUUAAUUACCAAG